GAGCAUCCGAAAUUGUCCCUAUGUGUGCCUGUGAGUGCGAAUGUUUGUCUAUGUGUACCCUGCGAUUGGCUGGCAGCCAGUUCAGGGUCUCCCCUGCCGCCUACUGCACAAUUACGGCUGGGUUAGGCUCCAGCAUGACCGCGACCCUCGUGAGGAGAAGCGUAUUAUAAAAUGGAUGGAUGGAUAACUUGUUUCUUCCUCUAUGACAAACGGUGCUUUGGUUUUUUUGUUUUCUGAGACCCCUGUUUUUAGACACUCGCAAUGUGUCAUAUAGAAAUAAGUUGUUUUGGAUGUGAUGACCUUGUUACUCUUUGACCUUUAAAUAAUUUUACAGCUCUCUUGGAGAAAAACAUGGCUGAGUUGUCAUAGCAUUGCACCUUUGCCACUUGCCUUGAUUCAAUCUUGGGCAAGUUCCUGGAUGACAGAUAGCAACAAUAAAUCUAUCUUGGUUCAUCAAUCUUUGCCAGUGACGGCGACAGGAAGAACAAAUUAAAUGUUCUUGCAGUAAAUGGGAAAGGGAACAGUCCACUAGAGUACUUGUAUUUUACAUUUCCUCUUGUGGCAGUCAUCACAAUUUAGGUAAUAACAUUACUGUUAAUAACCAGCAAUGUCAGAACACAGGUCAGAAACAGACAUAAGGGAACAUAUUUCAUUACUUUGUGACAAGGAUUAAUAGUUUUGAAUGAAUAUUUACCAUAGCUUCAUGUUUCUUAGAGGAAAAAUUCUAAUUGACUUAAAAAGAAAACACUAACAGUAGUGGAGAAACUUGAUUUGGUGGAUUGUAUAAAUUAGGAUUAUUUUUCAUAUGUCUGAAUUAAUGUUUUUUUUUUUACUUUUUAUCUUUAUGGACAAAAUAUUCAACUUGACACUUUAAGAACAUUUUCUUUGUCAAUUUAACAAGAAACGAGAACAAAAACAGAAAUACAUAAAAUCAAGACAUUCCAAUUCAAACAUCAAAAAGAUUACACAUUAACAUUUUAGUAUAUGUAUGUACAAAUUGUUGACAGACUUCAAAUAAACAACUUUGAGUACAUGUCAAAAAUGUUGACCUUUUUUAUCGAUAAAUUUGACAGACUCAAUGUAACAAUAUCAAGUAAAAAAACGUAAAGCAUGGAGUACUCUUUAAAAAAUUGGCUUUGUGAAUAAAAUUUGUCCGACUGUAUGACGAGCUGGCCCUGCGUGAUGACGUCACGUCGCCCGUUCGCCCCCGCCUCCAAACGUUGCAGGCGCACAUUCCUAUUGUCCAAGAUGGCGACGGCGUUGUCGUUGCACCUCUCCCGUCGCUGACGGGCGGACAUGUUUUCCUUUUCCAGCCUCUCUUGGCUUUGUCGAGGGGCAAACGCACGUCGCCGCCGCGGCGGGGCGGAAGUGGCGCUUUAGCCAAACCUGCUGGAGACUAAUACACCAAGGAUUAUUGCCGCUGGAAGAGCUCCGUCCCCCUCGUCGUCCUUCCCGCCGACAUGAAGCGGCAGGCAGCCAGGGAGAGUUCGCCUCCUCUUCCUCCGUCGUCGUCCAGGGCGGCCGCCAAGCGUCUCCGGGAGAGGGACCGAGAGAGCGGCCGCCGGGACGAGCUCGCCCCACCGCCGCUGGGUCUGCUACUGGCGGACAGCCGCGGCGGACACCGCCGGAGGAGCCGCAGCCGGGAGCGGGACAAGGCGGCUGCGACGGCCGGACUGCGGCCCCCAGCCAGGGACUACAAGACACUGCUCAUCAGCAACGUAAGCCCGCAGGUACCCGAUGACGACCUGGAGGACGCCCUCUUCCACGAGUUCAAGAGGUUCGGCGAUGUCAGCGUCAAACUGUCACACACGCCGGAACUGGGCCGCAUCGCCUAUGUCAACUUCCGUCACGCGGAGGACGCUAAAGAAGCGCGCCACGCCAAAACGUCUCGGCUACUCCUGGCAGAGCGGCCCCUCAAAAUCGAGCCAGUGUACGUGCGUAGGAGGAGUGUCACGCCGCCCGACGUCACCUACCUGGCCGCCGUGCGCGCGCACGCCCAUGCCACGCACGUCUCCUACCCACCCUACCGCCAGAGGUCACUGUCGCCGCCAGGACCCUCGCUCAGCCUGCGUGAGCUGCGCGCACGCCAAUACGCCUUGGAAAGCCUGAGCCGCGAGCGCCUGCUGGACUAUUACGGGAUGCUGGACGACAGGGGGCGUCCCUAUGGCCUGCCGCCAGUUCCUCAGCCACCGCCGCCUGAUGAUCUGAAGCCCGAAGAUGACCAGCGUGCCACAAGCAACCUUUUCAUUGGCAACCUGGACGGCGGCGUCACAGAGGCUGAGUUGAGGCACGGCUUCGACAAGUACGGCGCCAUUGAGGAUGUGGUCAUCAAAAGGCCAGCGCGAGGCCAGGGCGGCGCCUACGCUUUUGUCAAGUUCCAGAACCUGGACAUGGCCCACCGCGCUAAGGUGGCCAUGCAGGGCCGCCUAGUUGGCGGCCAUCCCGUCAAGAUUGGCUAUGGCAAAGCCAACCCAACCACGCGCUUGUGGGUGGGUGGCUUGGGACCAGCUAACUCGCUGGCUGCCCUCGCCCGCGAGUUCGAUCGCUUCGGGAGCAUCCGCAACAUUGACUACGUCAAGGGUGAGAGUUUUGCCUACGUACAGUACGAAAGUCUGGAUGCGGCGCAGGCAGCGUGCACACAGAUGAGAGGCUUCCCUUUGGGCGGUGCCGAUCGCCGCCUGCGCGUAGACUUCGCUAAAGUGGAAGAGACUGCCGCCCGCCCAUUCGCGCCCGUGCAGCUGCUGCCCCAGUACGACGCACUGGCUGACGUCUACGGCCGCCGUCGCAGCCUGGAGCGUGGAGCCAGGGAGCGCAUGUCUCCGUCCUCGCAGAGGGAGCGCGACAUCGUCCCCAGCCCUCCACGGGGCCCGGACAGGAGGCCGGGCCUUGCAGGGGCAGAUGCCUUUGGGAGGAGCAGCAGGGGCCGGAGUCGCAGCAGGGAGCGCUGGUUGAAGGACCGCGAGGAGAGGCGGGGCCGGAGGCGGAGCCGCAGUCUAUCGGCCGAGCGCGAGAAGGGACGUGGCCGCGCACGAACGUCACCCGACCUCAGCCCUGACCGCGCCCGCAUCCGGGCGCCCGACUCCACCACGGAGCCACGUGAUCACACGCCCGACGCCAAGGAGGCUGAGUCUCCGACUGCUCGCCACCGCACUAGCAAACAGGCAGACGCCCAUCACCACCGCAACAGUGAGGCAGGAGCCUCGCCCCCCAUACCUGCUGGUGCACCUCCACUGAGCCCCGGCUCGCUGUCGGAGUUUGCAGCGGUGUCACUAACUAAGUGUUGGCGCGGAGUGUUUGCAUUAAAGAACAGCAGCUUCCCGGCCCACCUGUACCUGCUGGAAGGCGGCGCCCCUUUCUUUGGUGCCAUAAUGCGGCGCAACGGCGAACCGCUAAAGAUUGCUCAGCGCCUCCGCAUGGACCAGAGCCGCCUGGAUGAGGUGGCGCGGCGCGUGAAGGCGGGUCGCCCCGAUGCCUUUGCUGUGCUGCUGGCCCUCCAGGGACCUGUGGACCGGCAGGCUGGUGCUCCUGAGGCGGGGCUCCAGGUACGCCUUUUGCGUCACCUGGUGGCCUACCUGCGCAACAAGGAGGCCGCAGGUGUGGUCAGCCUGCCAGGCGCAAAGGAAGGCGGCCCUGGCGCCAUGCUUUAUGCCUUCCCACCAGGUGACUUCUCGGUGCAGUACCUACAGGCGGCCAAGAGGGCAGCCACGCGUCUGGACGAGGAGCACAUGGUGGUGGUGGUGGUCAAUGACACUAACUGACUUCAAGGGGCUGCCCUGACUCCCAACUGCGAUGCGCUCCAACUA